AAGUCUCAUUCUCCAGGCUGCCACUUUGUCACUAAGCCUUGUUUGUCCCUCGUACAGACGGAAUUAAUUAAUGAUGGUAGCAGCUGGUGUCAAGCAGGCACCGGACGAAACCACAAUCCAGAAACCCCGCUCCGGGUGAAACCCCGCUCCAUGGUUACCUGCGAGACAAGAAAGCACAAGGAGUCCGGGGAAGAAAUGAACCGUCGCUGAUCACGGUGCCCAUCUUUCCUGUGUGACCCUCAAACGCAGCACUAGUCUGUGGUGAGUUCAGGUACCGCGCUGCCACGGAAAGCGCCUCCACCAGAUAUAAUUAUGGCCACAAGUCAAGUGGUAACUGAAGCCCAAAAGCUGGAGUGCUGCGGGGCAACAGGGCCCAUCUCUGCUGCAGGUGUCUCAAAGGGGGACUCUGUCCCUGCCCCUCCUAAAGUCCUCCAUGCUAAUCAUGGCCACCAACCUACCACCUCUACAGUUCCAGUCCCAGGGCGGCACACUUCCUCUCCAUCUGUCAUGGUGGUAUCGAAGGUGGCCACCCCGGGGCGAGUGAUUGCUAACGGCCAACCACAGGUAACGAAAGCAGCUUUGAGCCAGGUGGCCUCCAUGAACCAGGCCACAACACCGGGAAGGACUGUGGUGAUAACUGUACCGAGGGCGGCGGGUCCACAGCCGGUCACUGUGAAUCCCCGGCUGCCGCAGGCCGCGUCCACACAGCUCCCGGCUAAUAUCCAGAUACCGACAGGUAUGAUGUUGAUCCGCAGUGACAGCGGUCAGCUGAUGCUGGUAUCCCAGCAGGCUUUGGCACAGGCCCAGCAGGCACCAAGAGGCGUCUGUGGUCAAGCGCCUAUAAUACUGUUCCCACAGGUGUCAGCAGCAGCAGCUGGAAAUAAAAGUGGCGAGAAGGUGACUGUGAUCAGAAUGGCAGCGUCUCCCAGUUUCCAACCAGCACCGGUCCAGAAGACCACUGUGGUAAAGGUGAUCGGUGUAACUCCCAAACCAGCUGUAAUCCAGACCCUCAGUGCUGCGUCUGAACGGGGGAGCCAGCCUCGCAGUCAGGCCGCCGUCGUCACGGAAACCAGAAAGGAGACGCCAGCCACGCUUAGUCAGGCGACCCUGGACAGUGUGAAGAAGUGCAAGAACUUCCUGGUGACUCUGAUCAAGCUGGCCUCCAGUGACUCCAGGUCUGCCAACAUGGCUAACAACGUCAGAGGACUGGUCAGGAGUCUGCUGGAAGGGAAGCUGGAAGCAGAGGAGUUCACAGAACAGCUCUAUCAUGAGUUGAAGUCGACUCCACAGCCCUGCUUGGUGCCUUUCCUCAAGAAAAGUCUUCCUGCAGUGCGUCGCCUCACUGCGGACCCCCAGUUAUUUAUCCAACAGGCUUCAACUUCUACCAGCAACCUCAACCCCCUGAAGCAGUCCAGCACGGUCGCAGGACAAAACCCCAAUACCAGCCAGCAGGUUAUCCAGCAGCCUCGAGGAGUGAUUCUGAGACCUGGGUUGACGACAUUAGCCCAGUCCAGAAAUUACAUAUCUAAGAGCAGCAGACCCACCCCCAAGCACACGGUGGUCCAGUUGGGAAAACACGUCACAGGAACUUUUUCAAUGAAGCAGCCUUUCGCCGUGGAUCCAUCUCGUUCUACCAAAUUUGCAUUCAAGGACAGUUCAGGAUCCUACAAAGAAGAUGAUGACAUCAAUGAUGUAGCCUCCAUGGCUGGAGUCAACCUGAGAGAGGAGAAUGCACAGAUCUUGACCACCGUGGUGGGCUCUGUGGUGCAGUCAUGCCCGGAUCAGCUCUUCCUCUCUCCCAACCCGGUGCUCAGCCGAAUCCUCCAUACAGGACAGGCAUCGGGAGUGACGGAUGUCGGUCCAGAGGUGGUAGCUCUGGUUUCUCAUGCCACUCAGGAGUUUCUCCACGGGCUGCUGGAGAAGCUCACCGUGAUGGCAGAACACCGCAAGGCAGCCCUGAAGGAGGACUCGUGGCAUGCCAAAGUGAGUGAUGUGCGCUCCCAGCUUCGCUUCCUGGAGGAAGUGGACAGUUUGAAGAAGAAGAGGAAAGAUGAAGAGGAGAGAGAGACACUGCUGCGUUUGGCCAGAAGUCGCUCACACACCGAGGAUCCACAGCAUCAGCAGCUCAAGCAAAGGGCCAAAGAGUUACAACAAAUAGAAGAAGCUCAGCUGCAGCAAAGAGAGGCCAACCUCGCUGCUCUGGCUGCCAUCGGGCCUCGCAAGAAGAGACCUGUGGAGUCGACUGAAAGCCAGGUGACUCUGCUGCCCAGACAGGGUGUUCAGAGAGUGACUCGGGUCAUGCUGAGGGAUCUGCUGGUGUGUAUGGAGCAGGACCACUUCCUGUGCCACUCUCUCACUCUGUACAAAGCGAUGCUCUGACCACCUGAUCUGUUAGUGAUACGAUCGGUCUAAUAAUAAUCUGCAGGAGAUUUUGUUUUUUUUGUACUUGUCUCAGUUCUAUCAGAUAUCUUUGUUUAUUAUCUAGUAUUUAUUUUUAGCAUUUUGUUUAGAACAUAGUGGUGGGGCAGUGAUGGUAAUCACCUGGUCUCUACAGCACUCCUAGUUUUGGUUUUGAUGUUGAUGAACCUGUGAGUGAGAUUAAAAAUGAUAAAAUAAGAAUAGAAGAUAAGAGCUUCUAGGAAACACUGCUGCUUACUGAAAAGUGUUAUCUGACCACUGUUGAAAAAGUGCAGUAAGUGUAAUUGAGUUCUCAGUUGAAUGUUGAGUUUGUCAUUAUUCUGCUUGUUGAUUGUUUGACCAUUAAAAGAAAUAGAAUGGGUCACAUCCUGCAA